AUGUCAGCGUGUUUUGAAGUCAAGGUUGGGACGCGUUGCGCCUUCCUCAAUGACGAUGACAUGAAGAUCACGACUUCCCAAUCUGUCGAAAACGAGAACCUUUACGCCAACAUGCAUACCCCUAUGUCUGGUCCGACAAUGGGUCCCAACCACAUGUAUUCUUCCUACGCAAAUUCUGCUUUCCAGCCAGAUCAUGGGAAUUCGGUCGACAGUCUCACAGACACUUUCGGUAACGUGAGUUUACGCAAUGGCUCUUAUUCUGGACAAGACAACUCGAGCAACGGCGGCCUACACCUUAAUGGGAAUGCCCCAUAUACCUCAAUGAACUCAAAAGCCGGCAGCACUUUCAUGUAUCAGCUUCCCGACGCUGUCUUUACGCACAGUGGUCCCAACCCAACACAGGCCAGCUACCGUCAUUUUCCUCAGCAUUUCAACUGGCCCAACGCCCAAGGUUCGCAGUUUGAGGCCGCUCCACUACACAAUUAUCUACCAAACAGCAUACCCACAUCAAAUGCUGCUAAUAACCACCAAUGGCUUUCGACUCACAACAUUCCACCGCCACCAGAGCUUCGUCGAACAUCUUGGUCGUCUCGCGAGGAAGCAAGCCCUCAGACCCCAACGAAUUUUGGUCCUGGUCCAGGCUACGGAUACCAGACUUGGCAGUCGCCCGUGUACAGCACUCCUUCGCCCAUGUCAGCCAACAACCCUCUUUCACAUCAGCACCUUUGGAAGCAAGAAGAUGGGGACUUCGUCUUCGUCGACUACUGGAAGAAGAUGAUGGAGAGUCCGUCCGUGCCGGAUCCCGUGCCAGCAAUCCAUAGCGGACCUGAUGGAGGUCGUGGAACGCUAGACAAGAUCUUGGACAAUAGAGAUGGUACGACAAACGUAUACGUUCGUGGUUUGCAGCCAAACACAUCGGACGAUAUGUUACAUGCCUACGGCGAGAGAUUCGGGGCUGUCGUCAGCUGCAAAUCGAUUAUUGACCCUACGACCGGCACAUGUAAAGGUUUCGGCUUUAUCAAGUAUCACAAUUAUAUUGAUGCCGAGAACUGCAUCCGCGGAUUUUGGCUCCGAGGCUAUGAGGCGAAGUUUGCCCGGAAAUCACACAAUUCUCGCCUCAAAGACCUAUCCCGUCCGGACAACACCAACCUCUAUGUAUCGAAUCUUCCCAAGUUAAUCAACGAAGAGGGCUUAAAAAAGAUGUUUCAAGCUGUUUUCCCCGAAGACCUCUAUCCUCAUCACCAAGCAGGAUCUUGCAAAAUCUUGAAGGAUUCCUUCGAAACGCCCACCAUCUGCGAUGAGAUCGUUCAGGCCUUCAACAAUAGGACUAUCGGAGAAGAUCACGACACUACAAUGCUUCAAAUUCGCUUCGCAGAUACGGAGGAGCAGAAACAACUCAAAGCAUUCACAGCUGUCAAGAGACAGUUCAAAGCAGACGAAUAUAAUGAGGCCGCAUAUGGCGUUCUCGGCAGUAGCUACUCUCCAAGCGCAGCGUCAUACCAGAGUCCUUUACAGAGUCGGGCUACUGGAGUGAAUGCGCCGUGGAUCAAUCACUCACCUGCACCGUCCGUGACUCUACCGCAAGCACGCAUCUUUCCCCUUUCACACAGUCACUCACCCUUGCUUAGUAGCCUCGGUAGUUAUCAACACUCAGCGCUCCGCUCGCGUCAGCCGUCGAACCUCACAAAUCGGCUCUCGGCCACAAAAACCUCCACCGGUGCAACGUCACUGGCUAUAGACGUGGACGCAAUCCAGGACGUGAACCAGAGCCCCAGUCUGACAGCUGCAGCCAAAAAAUUCAGUUUCGACAAGAUCGAGGAAGGCUCUGUCGACGAAGAUGCGGCCUCGUCUCCAAUGAAAGAGAAUGUGAUGCCAAGCAAGUCGUAUGCAUCCAACGGCGCCACAGCUUCACCCACCAAAUCCAGACUUUAA